CAAGUGAUACAACAACUGCCACAACAACAACUGCUACAACAACUACCUCAAUAACUAUUGAUACAACAACAAGUGAUACAACAACUGUCCCAACAACAACUGCUAGAACAACUGCCCCAACAACUGAAACAUCAACAACUGAUACAACAACUGCCCCAACAACAACGACUGCCACAACAACAUCUGCUACAACAACUACCCCAACAACUGCUAAUAAAACAAAAAGUGAUACAACAACUGCCCCAACAACAACGACUGCCACAACAACUAGUACAACAACUGCCCCAAAAACAACUGCUACAACAACUGUCCCAACAACAACGACUGCCACAACAUCAUCUUCUACAACAACUGCCCCAACAACAACUGCUACAACAACUGCCCCAACAACUGAUACAACAACUACCCCAACAAUGACUGCCACAACAACAACUGCUACAACAACUACCCCAACAACUGCUGAUACAACAACAAGUGAUACAACAACUGCCCAAACAACAACUGUUACAACUUCCCCAACAACUGAUACAACAACUACCCUAACAACAGCUGCUAUAACAACAUCUGCUCCAACAACUACAACUGCUACAACUAGUCCAACUAUAACAACUGCUACAACAACUGCCCCAACAACAACUGAUACAACAACAACUGCCCCAACAUCAAAUGCUACAACAACUGCCCCAACAACUGAUACAACAACAACUGAUACAACAACUGCCCAAACAACAACGACUGCCACAACAACAACUGCUACAACAACUGCAUCAACUACAACAACUGCUACAACAACUGACACAACAACAACUACCCCAACAACAACUGCUAAAACAACUGCCCCAACAACUAAUACAACAACAACUGAUACAACUGCCCCAACGACAACGACUGCCACAACAACAACUGCUACAACAACUACCCCAACAACUGCUGAUACAACAAGAAGUGAUACAACAACUGUCCGAACAACAACUGCUAGAACAACUGCCCCAACAACUGAAACAACAACAACUGAUAAAACAACUGCCCCAACAACAACGACUGCCAUAACAACAACUGCUACAACAACUGCAUCAACUACAACAACUGCUCCAACAACUACAACUGCUACAACAACUAGUCCAACUACGAAAACUGCUACAACAACUGCCCCAACAACAACUGCUACAACGGCCCCAACAACAAAUGAUACAACAACAAGUGAUACAACAACUGUCCCAACAACAACUGCUACAACAACUGCCCCAACAACUGAUACAACAACUGCCCCAACAACAACGACUGCCACAACAACAUCUGCUACAACAACUACCCCAACAACUGCUGAUACAAAAAUAACUGCUACAACCACUGUCCCAACAACAACAACUGAUACAUCUGCCUCAACAACAAUGACUGCCACAACAACAACUGCUACAACAACUACCCCAACAACUGCCGAUACAACAACAAGUGAUACAACAACUGCCAAAACAACAACUGCUACAAAUGCCCCAACAACUGAUAGAACAACAACUGAUACAACAACUGCCCCAACAACAGCUGCUAUAACAACAUCUGCUCCAACAGCUACAACUAGUCCAACUACAACUGCUAAAACAUCUACCCCAACAACAACUGCUACAACAACUGCCCCAACAACAACUGAUACGACAACAACUGAUACAACAACUGCCCCAUCAACAACGACUGCCACAACAACAACGACUGCCACAACAACAACUACUACAACAACUGCCCCAAAAACAACUGAUACAACAACUGUCCCAACAACAACGACUGCCAAAACAUCAACUUCUACAACUCCCCCAACAACAACUGAUACAACAACUGCCCCAACAACAGCUGCUAUAACAACAUCUGCUCCAACAGCUACAACUGCUACAACUAGUCCAACUACAACAACUGCUACAACAACUGCCCCAACAACAACUGAUACAACAACAACUGAUACAACA